AUGUCUGGUACAUCAUUGAUUGACUCCGUCAUUGACGAUGAUGAUGAGUUCUGCCCCCUUUGCAUCGAAGAGUUCGAUCUCUCCGAUAAGAACUUCAAACCCUGUCCAUGUGGGUAUCAGAUAUGUCAAUUCUGCUAUAACAACAUCAAAACCCAGAACGAAGAGGGUAGAUGUCCCAACUGUCGACGCGGAUAUGAUGAUAGUACUAUCCAGUACAAGAUUCCUGACGCCGAAGAGUUCAAAGCAGAUCUGGCAUUGAAACACCGCAAGGCAGCCGCGGCAAAGAAGAAGGAAGCGGAGCGACGGGAGAUUGAAGCCUCGAGUCGCAAGAAUCUGGCUGGUGUUCGUGUUGUCCAAAAGAAUUUGGUCUACGUUAUUGGCUUGAACCCUACGAUCCGCGAUGAAAACCAACUCCUCCAAACGCUGCGUGGACGGGAAUAUUUCGGUCAAUACGGCGAGAUCGAAAAGAUCGUGGUCAGCAAGGCUAAGCCCGGCGGUAACCCCAACCAGGGAAUCGGGGUUUAUGUGACGUUCUCUCGCAAAUCCGACGCAGCGACAUGCAUUGGUGCCGUGGACGGAUCUGGAAAUGGCGAUCGGGUCCUGAGAGCGCAAUACGGAACCACCAAAUAUUGCUCUUCCUUCCUUCGCAACGAGCAAUGCAACAACCGGAACUGCACCUUCCUCCACGAAACUGGGGAGGAUAGUGACAGCUACAGUCGCCAGGAUCUAUCUUCCAUGAACACCAUCUCUACUCCACGCCAAAGCCUUCCACCCACUCCUUCCCACGUGCGGACCGUGCAGCCGAUCUCUCAUCCAAUGCGCCGGCAACCAAGCAAAGACGAGUCGAUCAGCAGUCGUUCUGGGGUCCCUGAUGGUCCGGCUCUCCCAUCCUCCGCAAGCUGGGCUACCAAAGAUGCGGCCGCCAUCCAGCGAACCAGGCGAGCCAGUCUCAGUGGUAGUCAAGCCUCGAACAGUCCUCGCCCUGCUAGCGUCAAUGUUUCCACCCCAGUCGAAGAACCCAAACGGGCGGACAGGCCAUCACCAACCGCCUCGGAAGCCCAACAGUCUCCUGCAGAGGCUGAAACCCAAUCUCCUCCCCCACCACGCCCUCGACGUACCACUCAACGACUGAAGCAACCGACGCCGUUUGACGAACUCUUGAAAGAUAUCACAUCUCCCGACUUCCGAUUCUCAUUUAGCACGGCCGAGCUGUCAGCCGAAGAAGUCAAGUUAAUCAAGGACUACCCCUCAUUCAUCGAUCCAUUCGGUGGCGUCAAGCGCCGAGCCAUGCGCGAAAAGGUUGAACAAGAGCGUUUCAGCCGGGAGCAUGAGUUGUUACGGAACGUCGCGGCCGAAGAGGAUAGCCGAGAAGCUGGCAGUCUCCAAUUAGGGGGCGAGCCCGAAGAUGCCAAUCCCCCACGCGACCGACAGUCUCGUGAGUCUCACGGUGCUAUCCAGCCCCCUUCACAGCAGGACACCGCCGAGAACUCAACCGUCGGAUCACCUGUUUCCACGGCAAGCCAUCAGUUCCAAGGAUUGAACCUCGCUGGCAGAAGCUUGACCCCCCUGCAGCAACAACAGUUGAUGCUGCUCAAGUCUGCCGGAAACCAGCAAGCUGGACUGGCUGACCCAUUAAGCUCAGCCGCUCUGGAUCAAGCCGCGCAAGUUCGCCAAGGACUUAUUCACAACCAGAUGGCACAAAUCAACGCUCUGCAGGCAGCUCAAAGCCGACAGUCCUCUCGCUUCUCUUUCAAUGAGAAUGGAUCGAAGAACAUGCCUAACGCACGCAUGUUAGGCCAGAUGCAGUCUGCGUCCCCUAACCCCCUCUCCGCCCCCAGUCCUCAGCACAGUCUUGCAAGCGGCUUCUAUGCUAGUGGUGUGCAAGGUCCUCCCCCGGGCUUGAAGACUGCCGGCACCCCUCCCAUCAGUGGCGGUGGUAUGUUCGCCCAGGGUCAUGGAUUCACCUCCGGCAUUGGCGGCAAUGGAGGGAAGCAAGAUGCGACACCGGAAUUGAUGCGCGAGCUAUUGCGCGGAAGAACUGGCACAAAUGUUGGUAAUGGCAGUGGUGGUUUACAGGGCCAGGAGGCGGCAAAGCGUGAGUUCAUGUUCCCUUUUCUCCAACAGCACAAUACCCCACCCCCCAUGACUCCUGCCAACGGCCUUCUCGGCUCUUUCUACGGGUCCCAGACGGGUGUAAUGCCUGACUCUGGUGGUCAACAGAAGCAGAAGAAGAAGGGAAGGAAGCAGAGACACGCUAACACUUCCUCCGGUGGAGGUGGUGUAGUAGAUCUUGCGGACCCGAGCAUUUUGCAAGCCAGAAUGCACCAGGUCGGUGCCAAUGCUAGCGCUGGGCAAUCGUUGUACGGGAGUCAGGGUCAAGUUAGUGAGGACUUCCCUCCCCUAAGUGAUCAUCCCCAUGAUCUCCGCACGGUUGAUAGCUUUGGCUUUCUAAAGUCGCAGCUGCCAACUGAGUCGGCAGCCCGCGCGGAUACGCCUACUCUGCCACCGGGACUCCCCUUGCCCCAAGCUCGUUCCUCUUCGGCCUUUCAGGACCGGAUAGGCUCUUCGCAGCCUGCCUCCCCAGCUCCCAUUCUGCCCCCAGGGCUGACGCCUCAGAUUUCACGACUCAACAGUCCCUCCAAAUCCCGCGAUGACACCCAGUCUCGUCCAUUGACCCCAGAGCUCACGGUCGGAGGCCCUUUGACAUCCAACCGUAUCAAAGACGCCUCUCAGGUCUCACUGGGAUCGCCCGUGCAAAGGUCUGCUACUCAUGCUCGCAAUCAGCGUAAGAGUGAGCUCAGCAUCUUGACCGAUCCGAAAGAGCCAGCCUCUCAAUCAAACCAAGCGCAGUCAAGUCCUUAUGCUACCAAGGGUACUGCGUUGGCAUUCAGUGCAGCCUUGGCUGGUACUGGCAAGCCCGAUCAAGGUCCGACUUCUGCUUCGACUGCCGCAAGUGGUUCACGGCCCGACACACCCCAGACCAUUGCAUCUCGAUUGCCCGAGUCCCCUGCCCCCCGUCAACCUCGCAUUCUGCGGGUAGUGGAAACACCGAAAGUCGAAACUCCCCCCAUUCCGACCGUACCAUCUGUUCCCGCGUCUGUCGUUGGGGGGAACAAGAUUCGUGGUAGACAACAGAGCAUCUCGUCAAAUAGCGUGCCUGAUACUCCCGCCGAUGCUGGCUCGGAAGCCGAUUUCUAUCCCUCUACUUCUGCUUCGCGUGCCAAUUCUCCCCCUGCUUCAUCUCGAAUUGGCUCUGCACCUGUUCGGUCUAUGACUAAGAGUCAGGUGAAGAAGGAGCGCAAGCAGAAAGCCAAGGAGGCCGAAGCCAAGAAAGUCGAAACUGCUCAAUUGACCGAAGAGCCGGUUCAAGCACCCAUCAUGGGCCGAAAGCGCAAGACUAAGAAGGCUCCUACUUCAGCCAGUGGCACAAGCACCCCCAAGCGGGCCCCUGCUCCGGUGGAACCUGUUAUCCCCCCGGCCGCAGAGCCCGCUAGCCCUGAGAAACCCGACAUUUCUCCUUCUGUCAAGGAUGAGCCUGAGGUUAAUAUCUCAACGGAGACUGUGGAAGCUAAGGAAGCCAAGGAAGCCAAGCCUGUGGAAGUGCCUAGCUCUCCUGUAGUCGAAGAGCCAGCCCAACCAGAAGAGGCACCCGAGGAGGCGUGGCAUACCAAUAACACUAUCGGGCAGUGCAUUGCGGAUGCUGAAGCCACUGGAAGGAGCAUACAUGAGCUCGUCAUGGAACGACUGAGGCCCCUCCACGAAAUUCUUGCCGACAUGCACCGAGACGGCGAAAUCGACCUGAAUAACGCUGCUCUCUUCAACCCUCAUAAUAUCUAUGAACGCGUCGACAUGAAGUGCACUUCGGAGAAUUAUGACCUCAAUAGACAGCCCAUUGAGCUGACCGAAGAACAUCGCCAAAUGUUACUUCGUGGAGAGCACAUCAUACUAGGAGAUCAAAUCAAGAACCAAGUGCUUAUUACCCCACGAGGCACAGUGCUUCGCCAUCUCAAACCCGAAGAAAUGGAGCGGGUGUUGGAUAGAGAGCGACGAGGAAUUUGCCAUGAUUACCCUCUGCUCAUUGAGAACAUGGCUCAAAACAUUGGCCUGGAGGCGCUUUUCGCCAACUCGGAGCAACUGCGAAUCCGCUGGGUUGAUGACUUGCCCACCAACCCAAGCGCAACAUCUCCUACCUCCCCGGAAAUCGAUGAGUCCGCCCUUCCGCCGAACGUGUUCUCUGCCAUGGAAGCAGACAUUACCCGCAACCAUGACUGGGCCGUGACGAACUCUGCUGAAUUGCUUAACACCACACCCGAUGCUGUCCGCUCGUUUGCAGCAGCCACUGCUCAACAAAUGCUUGGCAACCCCAGCAUGCUCGGCACUAAUCUGACUCUCGAUGACCUCGCUAGCUUGACGAAUGAAGAGCUGAAGGAACACGCUACCCGUGCCAAGAUGGAGCAGGAAGCCGCCCGCAAGGAUUCCGAAUCACUGGACAAGAAGUUCAAUGCCUUGGUCCGCCGGAACAAGAGACUCCAGCACCAAGCCUUGGAGCACCUGGCCGCGACGGAAGCGAAGGCGACAGCGGAGGAGGCGUAA